UGAAGAGGAAAGAAACACAUAUGCAGUGAAAAGAAGCAGAGUUCAUGGACAGCAGGAUGGUGGCCUGUGGAACUCAGAUGUUGCUGUGCCUCCUAGUUAUUGUUGUCCUACCAUCUGAGUGGCUUUUGCUGGGAGUUGUUGCUCAAACAACAGCAGGGCCUCUGGAAUUACCCACAGAUCGAGACAAUGACUUAGCUGAUAGUGGUCCAACAGCAUCUCCUGAAUGCCGUGAAGAGCAGUUUCCUUGCACACGUCUGUACUCUGUUCACAAGCCUGUGAAGCAGUGCAUCAGUUAUUUGUGUGUCACAAGGCAGCAGGGGAAAGCCUAA